GGGAGACACAGAUUGACUUAAAAAAGACACAAAAUCAUCUUAAGGAGACAUAAAACAACCACAAGGACACACAAAAUGGCCGCAAAGGAACACAUAAACAACAAAAAGAUGCAUAACAACUAUAAAGAUGUGCAAACCCACCGAAGUCUGUGUGUCUUGCUCCUGUGUCGAUUCAAAAGCUGCCCAGUAGUGUAUGAAGAAAUAAAAAUGAACUUUAUCUUUACUAGCUGCAAUGUUAUUAAUGAUAAAGAAAUAAUAAUACAUUAUACUUACAUAGCGCUUUUCAUGGCACUCAAAGACGCUGUUAAAGUGAUUGACACAUGAAUGCAUGACUAGUUACAAUCAAUAGUAUACCUAAUGGAUUGUCUAUUAAUCUGAAAUGGGUCAUUCUGCAUAAUUAGUACAAUUUUGAACACAAAACCUCAACAUGUAACAGAGUACUUCUAUAUGGAGGUAUUACUACUUUUACUUAAGUAGCUUACAAGAUGUGAGUACUUUGUCUACCACUGCACACUCAGUUGCCUGUUUAAAAUGUAAAUGUAGCUAAACUAAAGCAGUCUGAUACAACAACUCUGCUGUGGAUCCGACCUUCAAAGAAGUUACAAUCAUCAGUUUUGUUGAAACUAUUUAAAAGAAGUUUUGUUUUAACAGUGUGAUGGUGUUGGAGGCUGCUGUUGAACUCUGCAGCAUUGUGCUUUUUCUCAUAUGCUGUCCUCUCCACUGUAAAUAAACCCACAACUGUUUGUACACAUAAUUUAACCCAAAUAUGUAAAAGCCUUUUUCCUGUUACAGUUCAGGAUCCAGCAGCCUGUAGAACAGAUGGCUGUGGAUGAAGAUCACCCUCUGCUGGCUGAAAGGUGGCACUAGGGCAAAGUGCACUGCACCUGUCAAACUCACAGCAUACACACACAUAACUGAUCAAUCAUUAUCAUAUUAGAUGUUUUUCCCCAGCAGCUUCACCAUGAAUUAGUCUAGCUGAUAAAACCUGAAUAAUCAUCCUUUUUUUUUAACUUUGAUAUUCAUAAAUGGCAUGACUUGUAUGAAGUGUUUAAAGGAAUGUAAAUGCAGCUCAAGUCUGUACAACUUAAAUGAGGAUUAUGCACCAUUUGAACUCAACGUAAACUCAAAUAAUACAGUAAAAUAUAAAGAAUAAAAUGAAACAUAGCCUAUAACUGCAGAUACCUGACAGCCAUUACACCCAGAAUUUGAGCUGCCAUCAUAUGUCCUUUGAUUUAGUGUCGCAACAACCAGCGGGAACAUUAGAAGUCCUUUAUUCCCUUUGUCAUACAGGUACUGCACACAGAAUAGCUGCAUAUGUUGAUUUAUAAGAUGUGCUCUCUUUUAUCAUUUAUAAAACAUAUCCUCCUCAGACAUUGUGUCCUCAUAUGAGGACACCACAUUUUGGGUUUACUUGACCUUAUAUUUCAUUCUACUGAACUUAGACCUGCUGUCCUUGUUUGUGGAUGCUUUUUGUGCCAUCUAGUGGUAGUAAGUCCACAAUAUACUAAUCAAUCUAAAAACAAGAUGGCAGCCAUCUCUGCCAGGUCAAGCUGCAGCUGACUCCAACACAAAAAUGGACAAGGUCGAAAACCUGAUCACAUUUAAUGGUUGGGAUGUAUUUAUUUAUGAUUAAUAAUGUUUGUAGUUUGAUAUGGCAACAAAAUUGACCAAUUUUAGCAACAGGAAUGAGAUAAGAUGCUGUUAAUUAAGAAGCACUGGUGUGAGGACACUGGGACUUCAUUAUUGCCUCAUUUGAAGACACUGGGACUUAUUAAUCGUUGACUAUGUUGAGUUUUUUCUCCCCCACUUUAUUUAUUAGUUUCCACAUUGAAGAAAACAUGUAUACAAAAAAUUAUAUCUUUUCUAGCUGCAAAAAUUGUAACGUAUUUCUGGGGGGGUGAAUGUGAUGACUGUCUUCACAAUGAAAACCAAAAAUUGCUGUGAGAGGAUUUGGAUCAAUUCUUUUUCCACAUAUUUUGGAAAGGGCUUCAAAAAUGGAGAACCAGUAAACUGUGGGACCUGGGCAAGACCAGAGUGUAUGAGCUAGUGUGGCAGGAGAACUUUUACGUCUAUUACAAGAGUCAUCAACUGAGGGGUACAUCUGUGAGAUUUUGACUUUAGCGAGAUGAAGUCUGUGUACCACCUUGAACUGAAUCAGGCCGUGCGUGGCACAUACUGAUGAGAAAUGUAUUCUUGUGAACAGAUGGGGUCCUACUGAUCCCAAAAAGCUAGGAAGAAUUAAAAAUACACACCAAACAAAGGUUCAGGUCUCAGGAGGAUGUUGCUGCUACCUGCCUAUUUGCACUAUUGCACCUUUGUACUUUUUUAAAAGUGUUUUUUUUAUGUAUUGUUGCUGUGUUUGAGAGAAGCCAAAGACAAAUUACCCCUGAGAUGGACAAUAAAGUCUUUCUAAUCUAAUAAAACUACAUCUGGCACCUUGUUUGUGUUGCAACAGGCCUUUUAACCUGUCAUAGCAGGACAAGUACAGGUGUUACUGAUAACACUGACGAUAUUCAUGCGCAAAACCAUCAUUUUUACACCUGUUUUCUUUCCUACUGUGACAAAAUGUCCUGAAAAUGGUGAAUCCCCUUCUCAAAGGUUGAAGUUUUGCCUUUUAUACUAGUUUCCUGUUCAAGAUGACACCACAGAUCAUGAUGAGGUCACCUUUUGACCUCACUAUCUCCAUGGGAACACUGUAGGAAUGUGUGUCUGUCUUCUGGCAUCCUGCACAGUGAAGUUGGACAGUCUGGGGGAUUUUUCCAUGCGUCUAUUCGAAAAACUUCCCCGUCCAAUGGGUGCGCAGCGCUGGUGCAGCGGCUCCUCCUCUCCGCUGCCUGCUCCCACAUGUAACGUUAUCACCCUCCGUCUGUCUGUUGCAUUGUCUCAUUGGGGACGCAGCGUACAGGAGCACAGCACCAUGGUAACUCCUCCGGACCGGGAAGCUCAUAAGUGACAUUUAAGAGAGAAAAAGGAUCGAGUCAACAGGAAAUGGAGACAUGGCUGGUUGAUGUUUCCUCGGUGUGCCGGUGGACUCAUUAAUUCAGUGCCAGUGCGCAGGGCCGCCUGAAGCUGUGGCUGCAUGGCACGUUAGAGAUGGUGAUUAUAUUUUCUUUAUCGCGUUAAUUCAAGCGGGUACUAUGCUGCUGUCGCUCGUCCGGACCUGUGUUGCUCUACCUGGAGCUGCACCUUAAGCCUGCUCGUUCCUCUCACCCGUUGCGCAGAGACUGAGCGGUGGUCAGCGGUGCGCCCCGGUUCCGCCUGCCCGGCACCCCGACGAGGAUGGCCGGCCGCCGCGGCUGCGUGAACUCGCUGUGGUCGGGCACCGAGCGAGUCCGCAUCGGAGAGCGCCUCAAAGCGACCCUCGCCGGGGUGAUGGAGCUGGAGCUGCUCAGGUGCAAACACCUGGAGAUGGUGGACGCCGCUCUGGAGGACCGAGCCGCUGAGGAGCCGCGGGCGGCGGAGGAGGAAGGGAGCGGGACCCCAGAGAGCGCCGCCUCGGAAGCGGAGCAUGGCUCUGCGACAUCCCGCAGGCAACAGGCUCCGUCUCCCUCAGACAUUGCGGUGUUGCCCUGUCAGAGCAGCCCAGAGGACUGUGGCAGUAAUUCAGGGGACGGGACGGUCCACUCCGCAUCUGGCAGGGGGAGUAACUCACGCUGGUCCACUCUGUCCUGGGACGCCCCCUCUGACCUGCUCUCUCCCCCAACACCAGACCCCAGUGGUAUGGUCCAUCUGGACAGUGACUCCCGACCUAGUUCAGGUUUCUAUUCAGUGAGCGGGAGCUCUCUGUCGGACUCCUGCUACUCUGUGUCCAGUGAUGCUGCUCAGGGAGGAUCGGCGCCGCUGGCCAGACCGCUGAAACUGUGGGAGCAGCUUCCUCUGUCGACUGACAACACUGACAUCCUGUGGUCAGAGGCUGCAGUGCAGCAGCAGCAGCAGCAGCAGCAGCAGCCUGCACUGCAGAGCAGCCAGGAAGACGCUGAACCAACAGAAGAGACACCAGCUUCAGUCCAAAGUGACAUCGAAGGGACUGGUCUGAGCUUCCUGACAGACCUCUGCUCAGGACUUGGUGACUCCCUGAUUGCUUCCCUCCUCCAGCUUCUCGACGCCACCCCCUCUUCCUCCACUUCCACCUCCACCCUCCCUCAAAACCCCCAGCUGGACCCUCGCUACUGCACGGACCUGGUGUCCCGUCGGACCAAAGAGGUGUACCCCUUCCCCAGCCCCCUGCAUGCUGUCGCCCUCCAGAGCCCCCUCUUUACCUCCCAGAGCCAGGAGCAAUCAGCGUCUCCGAGCCCUGAGGGUCUCCAACUAGAUGAACCACAAGAAUCCAACACUGAUCCAACUCUGCCUCUCCACCCUCACCAGCCCCCUGCCCAAGCUUCUCUCACCCAGCUGGAGCAGUACAUCUCUCGACUGGCUCGCCAGUACCACAGUCGGGUAAACUCCUCCAUCUCCGAUCUCCCUUCAGCUGCCACCCCUGGUCAAGUCAGGCACAGAGGCCUUUGUACCCCUGGCAAAAGCCAUGGUUCCACCCAGUCCCUUUCUGCCUUCGAGAGCCGCAGUACACCCUCCACCCUGCCGGGGGGCAGCAUCACUCCCUGUAAGUCACUGCUGGGAAACUCUGCCAGAAUCAGCCUCAGCACCACCGGGAAAAAAGCCACUAGGAAUUCAAUCAACCUGGGUAACCUUCCUUCAGCAACCGGAGAGGACUUGAACAUAAACCUGCAUCUCAACCUCAACUUGAACCUGACUCCAGGUUUGAAUUCUAGCCAGGGACUGGCGGACAAUCCCAAAAAUGGCAGCUGUGGAGCUCUGAGGAGCGACUUCACUUCAGCUUCCACUGCUUCUGCUACAUCACUCUCCACCACUACACCCACCCCAGCACUUAGGGCUCGCCCUCGCAUUUCAACAUGUCCAAGCAGCCUGAGCCACCGCAGCUCCCUGGAGGUCACUUCAGCGUCUGGACCCAGUCCUGGAUUCGGGUCCUCUAACUUCUGUCGUUCAUUAGACUGGAGCAGUGGUGCUCCACCUGAGACUGGACCGUCAGCGUUUGGUACAAAUUCUGGAUCAGCUCCUGGGUCUCAGCGCAGUAGCUUGAUCCAAGAGUCCAGCUCCAGUCCCAAGCUAAGCGAAGAUUCUCCCAUGGUGGGGGAGAUCUCCCGCCUCUCCGGCCUCUCUCGGGCUGUUGUGGUGGGACUGAUGGAACAAGGUGUGGAGCUGGAUAUUGACUGCUUCCAAACAGAUACUGCAGGCGAGGUGAGGGGUCACAGUAAAACCCACCUGACACCCCAGAUAGAUCAGUCGCAUGACUAUACUAGACUGACCGACCUGAAUCCCCAGAGACCAAUACAGCUGUCUCUUAGCGUCACCCAUUCACCCCAGUCUCAGUCCAGCCUCACCCCUCCUCUCUCACACUCCAGCAGCCCCAUACACCCUUAUCAGUCCAUCCAUAUUGCCCCUUCUCACUACUCCUCACACUGCCACUACCAGCAGACCCCUUCCCCAUCCGAUCUACCCUCUUCUACAGCCUCCUCCCCUGCCUCCCGCCCAACUGCCAGGGGUCGCUCCCCUCCCCGACCUCUCCAGCCAUCUCCUCUGGGUGCCACACCGCUUACUGUUUUCCGACGGGAUGCGCCCUUCCAGUGCUCCCUGCCUCGCACCAAUACAAGGAGCUCUCCUUUGGAGCACGGCGGCAUCCAACACAGGGGUGGAUCACUUCGGCAGAGUGGGGGAGGAAGUGGGGGUAGCGGUGGGUGGAAGAGGGCAGAGGGGGAGGGGCUUUAUAGAGGAAAGCACGCCUCCCACAAGUUGAUCCGGGCAGCCACAGUUAGCAGCUACGCCAAGAGAGAGGACUAUAGCUCCGUCUGGGCUGAGGAGCAGGAGAGGGAGCGGUCAGCAGCCCACACGCCCAAGAAGAACUCCAACAAGCUCUGGAGGGGCUUUGAGGGACGCCUUUGGAGCAAAGAGUCCGAAAGCGAAAGGGAGGAGAUGGACAGAGCGGAGUAUGGCUACGGAUGGAGGAGGAACAGUGUUGGGAGCUGGAGGAGAGAGCAUCGAAGGAUGAAGGCUUCAACCAGCAGUAACGACAAGAGGCCGAAAGUAGAGAACUCCCCCAUCUUCUCAAAGAAGAGAGGGAAGGAAGACGGAGAGAGACGAAGCGCGAGCCUCAGGCUUUCCAGAAGGGCUUUGUUCAGGAGCGAGUCUCAAGGCCUGCUGGUGCCUCGUAACCACGGCGAGGAGCCCACAAGGCGGGCACACUGGGUCUCCUCAUUAGAUGUGGGGCAAGGUGGCCUCAGCAAAGACGAAGGCCUCAGACUGCUGAGAGCAAAGGAGGAAGACAAACGCCUGUCCUCCACCGCCAGCCUCUUUAACCUCUCUCGCUCUCAGAGCCUGGAGGGCAGCUGCCACUCCCUCUCCCCUCUCUCCUCCCCUUCCUUCUCUCCAUCCCCUCCUCCGCGGGCACCCCUCCAGCGCUCUCGAUCACUGAGGGACUUGGGGAGGAGAGUGUUUGGCUCCAUGAGGUCCCUGAGUCUCAAACGGAAGCCAUCCAAGAAGUGAAGCUUGUACAAUAAAUAAAUGCAUCUUCCAUGUGUUACGUUCAAAACACCAGUGACGGUUGGUAUUAUAUUUCAUGUAAAGGGAAGUGCCAUCAUUUUAAUGCAAUACUUCCUCCCCCAAAUGACCAUGUAUGUAUCAAUUCCUCACCCAGUGUUACACUAAAUUUGUGAAGCUUUUCUUUUCACAUGCCUACAGUGAAUAAACAAUCCAAAAACAUUUAACAACAGCACAACUAUAGAUGGGUUUCCAUCAAACUUUAACCCGAUUUUUUUAAAAAUCUGCAAAACAAAAUGCGAAUUUUUGCGUUUUUCUAUCCCCUACUAAAUACUGGAAGCUGGUUCGUUGAGGUUUGCAGAAGGUGGCACUAAUUGUCUGAUCAGGUGCCAUAAUAACACUGCAGAAGAAGAGUGCCAGUUGAACUUAAGACGAAAGAAAACAGUUGAUAUACUGUAUACAUAAUAAAGGAGAGCACAUUGGUCAAUGAAAUUAGAGUUUUGAACAGCUCAUAGUACAGCUAUGUGCUCCUGGAAGAGUUCUGGUAACUGUCCUGAGUACAUAAGGGUGUUAAAAGCCUCCAGCAAUAACAAGGACAGCUUGCAGUGGCCUAUGCCAUGAUAGUACGUCACGACUGUGCAUCAUCAUUUAUUCACUUGGUCUGUUUCCACUGCACUUAGUUGCCUUUUCCUUUUAUUGAUACACAAACUUUUCACCUCGUCCAAGCUUUUUGUGAGAUUUUUUAAAUAUUUGCUGUUUCCACUCAUGUCGUAAAUUUAAAAUGCGCAUAAAAAGAGGCGGAUGGAAGCACACCUUAUAUCAAAACAUCUAUUUAUAAACUGUCACACACGUUGUGCAGUAUAAUCCAAGUGUCAUUUCUCCAGUCGUAUGCUAAGUACUCUCUAAACAGACAGCCCUUCCUGAUGGGGAACUGAACUGAGAGUGAAACAUGUCUGUACUCUACAAAGCCAGACUCCAUUGACAAAAACAGUGAUUUUACCUCACUAAACACAGGAGCUGCUGCCUCGAUCAGUUAGUUUGUGUUACUUUGUGACUUUGGUGGGGUUUUUUUUUCUUAAA